AUGGAGCUUCGAAAGCCACUGCACCAAGUAAUAGAUGGAGUACCUAGGUGCGUUGGCGUAGUGCCAGAGAUUCUACGAGAAAACCUCAAGUUCCGAGCGCAGAAGGGAGAUGUGGUACAGUCAACAUUUCCGAAGGCCGGUACACAUUGGAUGUUGUACAUUGUCCAGCUUAUUCUGAGAGACGGUGGGCCAAUGACUACAUACAAAGAGUUCGCUAAGGAAUUGCGCUUUAUUGACUAUGCGGACAUAAAGGGCUGGAAGUCAUCCCUGGCUGUGAGAACAUUUUCCACGCACUUGCCCUUGAGUGAGGAUACCAUCAGCGAAGAAGGAAAGUACAUUUACGUUGCCCGCAAUCCGUGGGACGUGUGCGUUUCAUUGUACCACAUGGUGACCAACCUCAGCUCAUUCGAGUACCAGGAUGCCACGUUCGAAGAAUUUGUUAACGUGUUUGUCAGCGAGGACUUUGGGUACGGUGACUACUUCGAACACGUGGCGUUGGCUUACAAGCUCAGGCAGCAACCGAACGUGCUCUUCGUGACUUACGAAGAAAUGAAGAAGGACACUCGCGACGUGAUUCUCAAGGUAGCGCACUUUCUGGGAGAGCCCUAUGGACGAGCUUUAUUAGAAGACGAAACAUUGCUUCACAAGGUGCUGGAGAGCUCCAAGCCAGAGCGUAUGCGAAGUGUCGUGGUAGUUGACUUUUACAAUAGACCAAACCCUCAUGGAAAAAAGGUAACAUGCAAGCAGGGCUACGAAGGAGAUGAAACGAAAUACGCUCUAGUGCGAACAGCCAAAGUUGGAGGGUGGAAAGAACACUUCACGCCAGAGCUGCUCCGACGCAUGGAAGCUAGGAUAAGUGAGGCAGAGAUGGUGUCAUCGUUUAUGGAUCUCUGGAAGGAUAUGCGAGCCGAGGCAUUCAGAUUAUCGUAA